UAAAUGUGAAAACUUGCGGAAAUAUAUGCGUUCCUUCAUGUCGGUGAUGGGAUUAGUCAGCGGAAAUUAAUCUAACCUCUAUCAUUAAUCGAAACAAACUCUUCACUGAACACCUCCUGUGCAUUCAGUCAUUUUCAAGAUGGCGCUGGGACACUGGCUCGCAAUGAUGUUGUUGAUGGUCUUUAAAUCAAAUCCAGCUGCUGUAUCUCUGAUGCGGGGCUCGUCAUGGGCGCUCGAUUCUGGUACUGAAGCUGCCGCCAACUCUUCUUCACCACAAUGUGCAUCAUGUCACGUGACCUGGAGAAAACAGGGGGACCCCACGUUCCAAUGGGGAAACGAAACUCUCCAUUUCAACCCGGUUAAAAAGACCGACCACGGGAAUUACACAUGUACUGUAGAGGACAGUGAGGGUCAACAGUUGAAGAAUGGGACGUUGGAAAUCUUGGUUAUCUAUCCCACUGAAAACAUAUCCCUGUCCGUCAACAACCUUCCCCCUUCAAAGACUCGCUAUGAAACCAAGGAAGGGGCCAACGUCACUCUGUCAUGCGCAGUGGGCGGAUUCCCACCACCACUCGUCAAGUGGCACAUAGAUGGCGGUACAGUGAAGACUGAUAACCUUACCAAGACGUACGGUCUUCAUCAACCUGUGGGGAACAGUUUCCUGACUUCCUAUCACGUGACUGGCGCCGGAUGUGAAGAUGAAGGUGUUUAUGUGUGUCAGGCUGGGAACGGCGUCAAUAAAACGGCACCAAUCGAGAAGUUUUUCACGUUAGAAGUUAAAUGUGCACCCAAACUGCAGGAUCCAGCCAAACAGCCAUGGACCUGGUCAGCACGGAGAGGGGAAACCGUGGUGGUCAAUGUCACGGUGCUGUCCAACCCUGAGUCCCAUGUGGCAGCCUGGAGGCGGACUGGAGCAGGCACAGGCAGGGGGAUGCUGGACCAGGGUGAUGCUGACCACAGCUUGAAUGAGACAGCUGUGAAUGGAAACGCUCGAUACUUUGUAUUAAGUCAUUAUAAUGUGACCGAGACGGGACAGUAUAUGAUGACAGUGACCAAUGGUCUUCUUCCUAACCUGACUCUGAACUACACAAUUCUCGUUGAUAUGGCCGUGAAAAACCAAUCUGAAACAGUUCCUGAGAUGGAGGAUUGUCUGGAUGCUGUAUGUGUGUACAAGUCCUACAUCAUCGGUGGAGGCGUAGUCGUGGGGGCAGGCAUCAUUGCUGUAGUUGCCAUCAUCGUUCUCAAAUGUAAGCGACGGACCGACCCUGCUGCGUACUUCACCGGAGAUGACGAUGACAUAUUCCGUGUCAUAGAGAAUAUAUUACCGCCGGUGACACCCGAUGUUGCUGGGAACAAGAACUACUUCAACAACUCCUGCAACAUCAGCAGCAACAGGCCCUUCCACGACACACUCGUGUGAGAUACAACAUCAUGUGACAUGGAUACAACACCGUGUGACAUGGAUGUGACAUGUAUACAACACCGUUCGGCAUGUAUACAACAUCAUGUGACAUGUAUAGAAUACUGUGUAACAUGGAUGUGAAAUGCAUCCAACACCACUUGACAUGUAUAUAACACCGUGUGACAUGGAUAUAACACCGUGUGACAUUGAUGUGACAUGUACACAACACCAUGUGACAUGUAUAUAACACCGUGUGACAUGGAUACUACACCGUGUGACAUUGAUGUGACAUGUACACAACACCAUGUGACAUGUAUAUAACACCGUGUGACAUGGAUGUGAAAUGCAUCCAACACCACUUGACAUGUAUAUAACACCG